AUCUGUAAUGCAUAGCACUGCUGCAUUUGCAUACCACCUUGAUCAAUAAAAAAGAGAAAGAGCCGCAAUGCUACAUUUGUCCCUCAGUGACUUGCUUUUUUUAACCACUUUUUCCAUCCCGCUUCCUUUACUUUUUUUUUCGCUUGACACAUCGCCACUGAAACCAUGGAUUCCGGCAGCAGCAACGAGGCAACACGAUUGUGGCGAGUGUACCGUACAGCACACCAAAUGGUGCACGACCGAGGUUACCUCGUGUCGCAAGCCGAACUUGAUAUUGAACUCGAAGCGUUCAAGCGUCAAUUUGCUCCCACCGGCGAUGUUGAUCGUGAUACGCUGACAUUUGUCGUUCAAAAGAAGGAUGAUCCUACCGAUCAGUUAUUAUUAUUCUUUCCUAAGGACAAGUCGGUUGGUGUGAAGCCUUUGCGAACAUAUGUUGAACGUAUGGCACAGCAACAAAUUCCCAAGGGUAUCUGUAUUUAUCAACAGACCAUGACCUCGUCAGCAAAUAAGGUCAUUCAAUCCCUUCCUUCGAAACAUACUCUUGAAUCCUUCCAAGAAAACGAACUGCUUGUAAACAUUACCCAUCACGUUCUGGUACCUAGACAUGAGGUGCUGACCAGCGAAGAGAAGGCAGCGCUCUUACAAAGAUAUCGAUUGAAGGAGACACAGUUACCACGCAUUCAGCAUUCUGAUCCUGUAGCACGAUACUAUGGUUUGAAGCGCGGUCAGGUCGUCAAAAUUCUACGUGAGAGUGAAACUGCUGGUCGUUAUGUCAGUUACCGUCUGUGCAUAUAAUUGAAUUUCAUUUUUAUUUCUCGCUCUCUUUCUCUCCAUUACUUCCACCCUUUGCUCCAUUCGUACAUGUAUAAUUUUCGCAUUAAAAACCUCCACAAUCACGCACAAAUUUGAAAACAACAUAUCCACUGUGGUUUUUUUUGCAGCUGUAAAAACGGGAUUUAUACCUCGUUAUUACAGUACUGUGUGGAAUAAUAUAUGCAGUGAAUGGCAAGUUGCCUUAAAAGCAUGAUGUGACGCUGUUAUAAAACGAC